AAACAUCUCUGAAAAAUCAAAAUUUAAUGCUAAAAAUCUGCGAUUUGCGGAGAUUGAUAGAUAAUUCAAGUUUGCAUCGAGCUGUUAAAUCAGAAAAAUUGUUUAGUUGACGGAAGUGGCUGAAUUUCAAGACAAAUUGGGAAAAAUAUUUUCCGAAAAACUUUUCUAAACCCUGGAAAAUCCGAAGUUUUUGGCGUUUUUCUCCUUUUCUAUGCACUGUGGAACCUUCAUUUAUACAUAUUCAGAUGUAGAACGAAAGUCUGCGUCGAAUAGUGUAUAAUUCCACGGGUUUUAAAAGCAAAAUUUUCAGGUUUUUCCAAGGUGAUGUGGACGUUUUUGACAAGAGGCUCCCGAGUGUUUUCCAUGAUGUCCCGGAAAAUUCGACGACGAUUCAUGGUAGUACUCUGGGCCUACUUCACGAAACCGUAGAGAACCCCUCAAACGAACCAUCUUCGGUUGCAAAAACCUCUUUGCAAAAUGGCCGAUAACGUUUUGUCUAUGCCUAAAGAAUAAACUAUUUCUGGAGAACGCUUAUCUCACACAAGUUCAAAUUUUUAUCAUAGAUAGUACUCAUAGCAAGACAGCUUUGGUAAAAGUUUAAGCUCAUUAGCAUUUGAUUUGACGGAAUUAUAGCAUAAGCAAAGUUUUCGACUGGAAAAUCGCUUUUUUUCCGUAUUUUACUACUUUUUUUGUAAGCGCUCUAGCGGCAAGGGAAAGCAUUCUGGAAAAAAAUGUUCAGGGCAUAUUUCUCCAUCUGCUCUGAUAACUUGAGAAAAAUCUGUAACAGUUCAUUGAGCAGGCUAUGCUGGAAAAGUGUGUUUCUAUCGUGCACUGCCUCUUAAGCUUUAUUUAUUAUAGAAGUUCAUAGCAAGAAUCUGAAUCCGAGGCAAUUUCUUGGUGUAUACGUUGGUCUGUCUAGACCUUUCAGGAACGAAAAGAUUUUACGCCAGACCAAAGGUGUGCAGUUAUGUCCAUGGUCCAUGAAUAAAAAAGAUAAGAUUUCUCCAGGUACAUGGAUGGACUACGGACAGAGUAAAAAGCUUUUACCCUCUCUUCCUGCAUCCUUCGAGCAAGCACCAAUAAGAAAAACAAAACUAUUCAAUAUACAACAGAAAAAAGAAGUUCUUCUCUAUUCUAACUAAGGAGAUAAGAAACUCUCUCGGGAACGCCUCGUAUUUUGCCAUUCAAAAUCUUUUGAAUGGACAAUGGACAGAAUUUUUUUUUUGUCCAUGGACAUGGACGAACAUAGGCAAGACAAAUCUGUCCAUGCACACGUCUGCUUCAGACAUUGGCGGAACUAAAUAUUGGCAAAUGUUGCAUUCUUACCACGUUUGCGAUUUUUUAUACUUCAAGCUUCGUGGUAUCAUACAUUAGUUUCGAAGUAUAAAACAAAGAGGCGUCCGAUUCAAGGUAAUGUUGAAAUCAAUGCAAGAAAACAACAACAUUCACAAGUCAAUUCUGGUCGUCCAAUUAAGAAGCAAGAUUUAUCACUGAUUGAGAGAGGUCCUGAAAAGAGAACAGGCGAAACAGAAGAAAACACGGAUACUUUAGUAUCAGACAUGAAAAACGAACUAGUGAAAAUUGAUUAUGAUGUAAAUAAAUGUUACCAAAAGUGGAUGCAAACUAUACAGUGUCGUAGAAUGUUUGUUAGAAAUCAUCCAUUGAAUGAAGUUUUAAGUGAAUUUCCUGGUUAUUGUAUUUCGAAAUUGAUUUUUGGUGAAGUCGAAUUAGUCACUGGUCAAGAUGUUCUUUCAAAUGUGUCAAAUAUUCUUCCCGCAUUGUUUGAAAACUUCGAUACUCCUACUUUUAUUACAGAUCCAAUUUCAGUUCGAUUUAUUAAAACUGUUGCAAAACGUUUCAGUGAAAGUUCACAAUAUAUUAUCUGUACUGAUAGCAAAGUCGUCUUUUUUGUUAUGCUUAUUUCGAAACCUUCAAGUCCAUAUCCAUGUCUAAUUAUUAAUGAACAAUCGAUUGAUGUAUAUGUUAACUGGCUUGUUAUUUCUUCAACUUCAUCGCUGGAUGAAGCUAUUGCAUUAUUGAUCUCAAUGUACAAUAUUUCUGAAAUUAAAUUUGAUCCACGAUCGAGAACUGUUCGUCUAUUGUAUAUUACACUUUUAAAUGAACGUAAAUAUAUUAGUAACUCUAUUCGUUCAUUAUUAAAUGAAUUAAAUUAUGAUUCUACACGAGAAAAAAUGAAAUCAACCACAACAUCAUCUGCCGUCUUAGCAUCAUCUACGAAAAAUGUUAGUUCAUCGACUGCUCAGUUUACCGUACCAAAAGAUGAUUUAACAGAAAUUAAUAACUUUCAAACUAAAAGUGAAUUAGUUCCAACAACAUCAAAACCGUCUCUUUCCAAUGAUUUGCAUUUACAAGAAUUAAAUUCUUCUUCGUCCUCAGCCACUUCACUCUCAACUCAACUAUCAACUCAAGAUACCAUUCCAUGA